GGGCGAGCGGGCCCCCGCCGCCACGGCCGAACCUGAAAAGACCGAUACCAACUGCUGCAGUCAGGCUUUGUGACAAGAAGUUGCUUUUCAGAGGAAGGAGCUGUAGUGCUCUGCUGGCCUGUCAGCAGAUUUCUGACAACUCCAGACCCCGUUUGCCCUCGCAGCUGGGAUUUUGCCAUCCCAAACCAGAUAUCUGCUGUUUCCCGCAUCGAUACAAGGCGGUGUGUGAGUUGCAACUGCCAGCUACGUUGCUCAAGGGCGAGGACUCUGGUUUUUCCCCCUCCUGUGUAGCUGGACAUUAGAGCAAACGCGCUGAGAUGUCUAAAAAGCAAAAUACGAAAGAUCCGUCUGGGUUUAUUUUUGAUGUGCAGUCCAAUACUGUGAUGGCCCAAGGAGGAACCUUUGAAAACAUGAAGGAGAAGAUCAGCGCAGUGCGUGCAAUAGUCCCCAACAGGAGCAACAAUGAGAUUGUCCUUGUGCUGCAGCAUUUUGACAACUGUGUGGACAAAACAGUGCAAGCCUUUAUGGAAGGCAAUGCCAGCGAAGUACUGAAAGAAUGGACUGUAACAGGCAAAAAAAAGAACAAGAAGAAGAAAACCAAACCGAAACCGCAAGCUGAAUCGAGCCCUGGCCUCCCAGACCCCAGUAAAUUGGUGUCCACUGAAGAGGAGCAGUCGGCAAACUCGGAGAAGGGUGGAAUUAACGGUUUCCAUGUCAACGGCUGUGCCCACGACACGGAGUCUGUGGACUCGCUCAGUGAAGGUUUGGAUGCACUUUCAAUUGAUGCCAGAGAGCUGGAGGAUUGCGAGUCUGCGGCACCAGACAUGCCUGAUAGAACAGUGCCUGAACUAGAGAAUGGAAUAGCAGACUUUGACACAAAAUCGCUCAUCAUGCAUCAUUCCCAGAGCCCUUCGUCUCUUAGACAGCGGCCUGAGCAGAGGAGCGCUAGCAGGUCUCUGUCCAGAUCAACAGCGAGCAAUUUAACUCCCGCAUCCCUGUCUGUAACGCGGCUGGAAGAUGUUCCUGUUUCACCUGCAAACAAGAAGCUAGGUUCUAAUAUUGACAAAUCAGUGAAGGAUCUCCAGCGCUGCACCGUUUCACUGGCUCGGUACCGGGUUGUGGUGAAGGAGGAAAUGGAUGCUUCCAUUAAGAAGAUGAAGCAGGUCUUUGCUGAACUGCAGAGUAGCCUUAUGGAUCGGGAGGUGGCGUUGCUGGCCGAAAUGGACAAAGUGAAAGCAGAAGCAAUGGAAAUUCUGGUCAGCCGCCAGAAGAAGGCAGAAGCCCUGAAGAAGAUGACUGAUGUGGCGGUGCGAAUGUCGGAGGAGCAGCUGGUCGAGCUCAGAGCCGACAUAAAGCAUUUUGUGAGCGAACGGAAAUACGACGAGGACCUGGGCAGGGUGGCGCGGUUCACCUGCGACCUGGAGGCGCUGAAGAAGAGCAUCGCCUCCUUCGGCCAAGUUUCCCAUCCAAAGAACAGCUACUCCACCCGAUCGCGGUGCAGCUCUGGCGCAGCCGCAUCCCUGAGCCGUCCCAGCGAGACCUCCGCUCCCUCAGCCCCCGCAUGUGCCUCUGCCUCUGCUGCCAGCCUUACUGCGGCGAGCAAGAAGCCCUCGGCGGAGGCGGCCGUGGGGAAUGCCGCCAGCCGCCCUCCCCAGCCUUCGCGAGAGGUGUUGCAGGGGAGCAGGAGAGCAGGAGCGGGGCCCAGGGCCCAGGGCCAGCGCCACAUCGGCCCCCCCGUCCCCGGCCGCCACAACAACGGCCACCGCCACAGGAACGGGCCGGGCCAGGCCUACGGCCGGCGGCAGACCUCCCCGCCGGCGGCCGCCAGCCCUGGCCAGACUCAGCCCACGGGUGCCAGCGCCUCGCCGCAGCCUGGCCCCCCUCUCUCCGGCACGGAGCCGCCGGCGCUGCCGCAGCGCAGGCCCCGAGCCGCUCGGCAGGAGGGAGCGAAGUCCUGA